AUGUCAACAACCGCCAAUCCAAUGCUCGUCACAGAGCUCCUUGGCUAUCAACCACAACUUCUCCUGGAUGAACUUAUGUCAUGCGUCAACGAAACAAUCUACGAAGCCGUCGCGCACGUCGAAAACUUUCUCAACAAAUGGAUCGAUGAAAAGGAAGAAGCGGGCGAAGAUGUAGAGAAACUGAGACAGGAAGUAGACUAUGGCAUGCUUGCACUGCAAACACUACUAGAAAACUAUGCAGAUCUCGCAUUCGACGUCUUUGAGGCAUGGUCACUUCGUAAUCUCUUCGUCGUCGACGCCCAACUACCGAUAGUCGCACCCCACCAUCGUGGACUGGAUCUUAGCGUACCUGUAGAACGCGAGAGAGAACUUCAGAUUGAGAUGCAACGAGAAUAUGCAAAGAUACGAAGAAUGGAGGCACAGACGAUGCAAAAUCGACGCAAAGCUGAAGCACUGCUGCAAAGCAUAAGCUACGUUGAUACCACUGCAGCCGAAUCGGAACAAGCUGCAAAACCACUAGCUCAAUUCCUACAAACGCUUCGUGAACUGCGCUCAAUACCGGAAACAUCAGAUCCAAAGGGGGCAAAACCGACUACGAGCCAUACAGCAUACCUCAAGUGGGCUAUCGGAAAGCUCAUGAACGAGACUGAGAUGGACAAAGUCGCCGCCCGAAACGCAGAGGAACAGGCAAAGGCCAUCUUUGACUCGGACGAUUCAGCAGUCACUGGCUCCUCUCUAGGAAGACUACCACCAGAGAUUGACGAGGACGAUGACACGUCCAUGAGCAGUUCUUCUACAGACUGA